GUCGGCUCCGCACCUGAUAGGUUUCCGCAGCCUCGGACUAAUCGGUCAGAGACGCGGACGUCAGCCAUGAGGAACCUUCUGACCACUCAAGACCAGAGCUUCUACCGCGAGCUGAUCCUGAAGGAGGCCUACACGCGGCUGGCGUGGAAGACGAAAUACGGUAAAGACUACCCGACCGCCUUCGCGUCCCGCAGGUCCGAGUCCAUCGGGCCUCCGUCUGUCGGUAAAGUCACGCUGCCUCCGGUGCUCCAGCCGCGGGAGAAGAAGCCGGUGGCCCGCCGCUCGUUGAGUGAAGCCCCGCUCAUGAGACCCGUGAGUCCGCGGACCGCAGCCGCUCUUUAUCACGGCUUAUCCAACGAAGGCAAAGGACGGGGUUUGUAUUUGAAGAAACGGGCGCAGAAAGGUCCUGAAGAAAAGUUUGACUAUCCGAUUCUUUCGUCCUGGGAUUAUGGAUGGAGAUUAGGUGAUUAUGACAUUGACUGUAAGACGCCAGCCUAUGGGAGAUCUGGGAUCGUCCGGAGCACUUUCUAUGCCAGGAAUGGCAUUUUUAACAUUCCCACAGCCACCGAUCAACUCGGAUGAGACACCAGUGAAAGUUUUCCUCACCUCAUUCUACCGAGUCUCAAGCAAAUCUAUGAUGUUAAUGAAAUAAAUCGUAUGAGCAUGCAUGCAU